AUGCUAACUCCUUCAAGCAAAUUCAGUGUUAGUAGUGCUUGGCAAAUUGUAAGGCAUAGAGCUGAUCCUAAUCAGGAAUUCAAGUUAAUGUGGAUUAAAGGCUUACCAUUUAAGAUAUCCUUCUUUUUGAGGAGAUUGUGGAGGAAGAAAAUAGCCACUGAUGACAUAUGGAGGAGGCAAGGGAAAAUGGUGAUGCCUAGGCAUUGGUGUUGUCAGCAGCCCCAAGAGGAAUCUAUUGAGCACAUAUUUAUCACAAGUCCUACUGCUUCUAAAUUAUGGAACUUGUUCAUGGGGGCUGUUGGAAUUACUGUGCCAUUGAUUCUAUUGAAGCAGAUAAUAAAGGCAGGUAAGCAUGGGGGUUCAGUGUCAACAAAUAUGGUGAUUCAUGAUAUCAAUAGAACAUUGCAUCAACUAGCAAGAGUGAGGUAUGCUUGGAUGCCUAAUAUUCCCUUGUUAUGGCCAGACAUAACUCAAUAUUUUGAAGGAUAUAAACCUAUAUUGAUCACUACAAGAGUAACACGGCAGCUUCCUUUUCAUGGUUGGUACAAAUGCAAUACUGAUGGAGCCUUAAAAGGAAAUCCUGGUCCUAGCUUAUUAGGCGUUUUUGUGAGGAAUGAUGAAGGUGAUGUGGUGUAUGCAAGGGCAGUAGACCUAGGAGUGACAACUAAUGUGGUGGCUGAAGCUAAGGCUAUUCUUCAAGGAUUGGAAUACUGUGUGGAGCAUGAUCUUCACCCUCUUAUAUUGGAGACUAACUCAUUAGUGAUGAAGAAAGUAAUAGAAGGGGAAUGUGAUCCUCUUUGGGUAAUUGCAAAUGAUGUGAAGAAAAUUAGAGAGAUGAAGGGUACAUCUGAGUUUCAUUCAUUUACUGAACUGCCUAGUGCAGGGAGUAGGUUGAUUAAUCUAGACAAGUUGGGUUAG